UUGUGGGUCCAAUUUAAAAUUAUACAAGCGAGGUUUACAGAGACAAAGUUAUGUUCUCCUUUGAUCGCAAAUCAACGGUCCAGAUUUGUUCUCUUGAUAAUCUAACGCUGUUUAUUGUUUUACACCAUUAGAGAGAUACAAGCGAGGUUUUUCCAAGGGAAGAGAGAGGAAGAUAGGUCCUUUCAUUGAUUGGUAUUCCAGUUUUGUUAUUUUCUGUAAUCCUAGGGUUCUAAAUAUUUUCUUUUGUUCGACGGCAAGCUAACAGAGAGAAAUUGAGGUUUCGAGUGUUGAAAUUUGAAGAGUUUCCUGAACAUUUUUGGUGAAGGUUGAUUGUUGAUUUAACUGAUUUGCUUUCGGAAGUGGAGAAGAAAUUGUGGGUUUGUAUUAAAGAGGACAGAGAAGAAUCCACAGGUAUUUGAAAAUCCUAGUAUAUUGUUGAUUUGUUGCGCUUUUUUGUAAUCUGGUGUUGAAAUCAAAUUGAAGGUUCGCCAAUUGAAAAACACAUAAAAUUGAUCGAUUUUUGACGCGAAUUUUUCAUCGGAAUCCUGUUCGGUCGGUUGAAUGAAAUAAAAAUUUUACUUAGGGUUCUGUCUCUUGAAAAACGUGAUUCCGGCUUCUUUCGGUAAGAUGAUACAGAAUCUACAUGAUUUGAUUAUUUACUCGAUGGAUAUUGAAGUGGAUAAGCUGUGUUUCUUCACUGGUGGCGAAGAAAAAUUUAUAAAAGAUUGGAUGAGAGGUUUUGUUGUACUUGUACUGCUAUGUGCUCUUUUAUUAUAUGAUAUAUGAUAUGAUUUUAAGCAAGAAACCCGCAUAUCAGCUUUGCAGAUGGAAGAUCAGAUCGUUCAAACUAGUUUGUUGAUUAGGAUUUUGAAUUCUGAGUUGAUUAUAAAUACAUGCAAAUCACAAUACUUCUGACGGAAACCUUUAUUUAGUAAUUGGAUCGUGUUGCCCUUGUUUCUUGUGAUUGGAUCUAGCUGCUUUCAUACUGGUGCUUCAGUCUCUUCAGCACAAUGAUUUAAAAUUGCUUUAGAUCAUUUUUUGAAGUUGAAGAUGAUAACUUGAACUUAGCAUUAGGUGCUUUUGCUUGUGAGUUCCUAAUUAAUUAGGCCUUUAUACGCCUCGUAGCCAACCAGAUUCUUGAUUUGCCUCUUAAUGGAGCUUAUGAGAUGAAUAGCUACUUUGUGCUCCUAUGUUGUGCCUUUGGGUUGGUUGGUUUGAAACCGGAAUCCAGUUUUCUUGCUAGGGAUAAAACCAGAUCGGGUGGUUGGACCUCUAAAAUCUCCAUGACUUGAAUGACAACUAUCAUGUAUAUUUAUUUGUAUUAGUCAUUAUCUUGUUGGGGGGGUUGAUGCUUGAAGUGUUAAGGCUUCAGUUUGUAGCUAUGGAAUAUCACACAGGCUUGCAAUCAGGUUCACGCAGUUUGCUGCAAGUUUGACGUGAAAGACAGUAUCCAAAGGCACGAAUACAUCAAGACGAUCGAGGAGGGCCGCUUCAAAGAACAUGAAAAUCGUCCAGAAACAGGAAAACAGGAUAGCUAAACGGCUGAAUAACAUGCAGUGUUUAGAGGCCAAGGAGUCUAAUGUAAUGGUUAAUGGGUGGCAUUUUUCUGGCAACGUGGAUAGUAUUCCUCUCAAGAAAAGGAGGCUUGUAUAUAGAUCUCUGCCUCCUCCUCUUCAAUCUUCCAAUUCCAUUACAGAGUCUGAUGGGCUUGUGGUUGGCCAGUGCGUUUCAGAUCAGUACACACACUUAAAUUUUACCACAGAGUCAAAUGAUGCUUCUGGUUCUGGGAAUGAUUUCUCAGGUAUUGCCAUACUUGCUGCUGCAGCUUGUAGUGAUCGAAUAGAUAUUAGUACCGAUGAUGCCGGAAAGAGUCAAGUUCAGAUGGGUGGUCUUUUAGGUAAGGAACAGGAUGAAUCAAUUGCUUCUGCUUCGGAUGUCAAAGAAAGUAAUAUGUGCAUUCUAUCACCUGAAUUAGAUGUUGAGGAUGCUGAGUGUAGUAAUAGCGUUUGUGCGAUGGAUUCACCAAAAGAUAAUGCUCAAGUGGUUAGCAAAAACAAUGAUGCUAAUGAUGCUGGAAUGACUUUGGUAAGUGAGUCUCAAUUUGUUGCUGUUACAUCUGUCAAUAAAGAAAGUGUUGAAUGCGUUAAUUUAUUCAAGUUGAAUAGAAAUGAUGAUGCACAUGUUAACAAGGAAUCUCUUGCGGACUUUCCUAAUGAAGUUGCUGACAAAUCCCGAGAGAAUUCAAGUUCAACUCGUGAUUAUCGAUUUCACUGGGAUUUGAAUACUGCGGUGGAUGAUGAAUUAUGUGUUGAUUCUAGUACUUGUUUUGUGGAAGUUCCACCAAAGAAUAUUAUGGAGUCCCAAAAUUUGGAUAAUGAGGAAGAUUCUCAGGCAAAAGGAUAUGAGAUCCAGAACUUAGAGGAUGGAGAAGGUUUGGGGGCAAAGAGAUUUGAAGCUACUGAGAAAGGUGAAAGAGUUACCUCCCAACUUGAGGCCUGUAAAGAAGCUGAAUGCUUGGGAUUGCCAAAUAAUGCUAAUUUUAUUAGUGUUCUUUCGACAGCCAGCAAGAUGGAAUAUUGUUCAGAAUUAUCGUCUGGCUUUGAGACUAACAUCAUUAAGGAAACUUUCUCUACUUCCAAUAGCGAUAAUCAUGUGGUUGGAACCUCAGUAUCUGACACUGAUUCUGCAAUCCAACCAGAGUUGGUUAGUGAAGAUGCCACUAUUGAUCACUCUCUUUCUUUGGGGUUAAAUGGCACACAAAAACCAGCAGCUAAAGCGACUUUUAAUGGAACGGGUUUUGAUAUUGUAAAUGAAGUUGCUGAAGAAAUUAUUUGUUCUAUGCAACCUAUGCAGUCUAAAGAGCAUGGCAUUGGUUUCCUUCUUACACCAUUUGCAGAACAUGCUCUCUAUGAAGGCAAGGAUGCUGACUGCAAAAAUGUUGAAGACUUCAAAGAUUCAAAAGGUCCAAGUAAUAAUAAAGUGACCUCUGUGACGUUUCAACCUACUGCAACCAAAUCACUUGAUAGUUGUAAGUGUGAAAUUGCAGCUUCAUUAGAAUCUGGGGAGGUUUCCUGCAAGGUAAAUGACCUUGACCCUAAGAUUCCUGAAGCAUCUGAUAAUCUGAUCUCUCUGGUUGACUGUGAAGUUAAACAUGGAGGAGUUAUUGGUCUACCAUUAGAAUGUCAGCCUUCUUGUUCUGAAAGUCAAAUGGGAGAGUUGAAACAUUCUAUUGUCUCCCUUUGCACAACCAAACUUGAGGAUAUGAUUACUACCUCAAUGACUUUGGGUUAUGAUCGAGCUAUUGGAGGAGUAAUUACAGAAGAACUUGAAGAAAAACCUACUGUCAGAUAUGUCUCUGAAAGUGACCCCUUUAAUGAUCAUAAAUUUGAUUCUCUUGUGCCUAAAACAUUGAGUGGCAACGUGGAUGUUGAUGUAAGCAGCAAACCAACUGGUGGCCAUCUUGUUCAAGAUUCUUUGCGUAUUGGCCGGAAGCCAUAUAUUUCUAACGACGAUUCAAGUCAAGUUGGCAAAAAUGCUGGAAUGGUUACUGAAAUGGAAACUGGUUAUGAAUCUCAUUUGGAAGAUGGAGAGUUGAAAGAGUCACACUGCUGGGAGGAUAAUGAAGGUGAGGAAGGGGAUACUGAACAUGUGGAUUAUGAUUCUGAUAAUAGGGAUGGUGCUGUCUCUUAUGAAGCUGCUAAAGAUUCUGUCCAAUUUUCAGGAGAAGUGCUGGUUGGGGAGGGUGAGAAGAACAGCUUUCAGCCGGAUACUAUUAGUUCUGUUGAUAAGCCAAAUCCUGAUCUGAGCGUUGAAGAUAACUGCUCUUUUAAGUUUCAAGUAUGUGUGUCGACUGUGGAUACUUUGGAAGCAGUAUGUACUAAUAGAAAGUCUUUGUCUCUGAAGGCAUGUUCAGUAGCCAAUGAUUCUAAAAAGGUAGAGACUACUCGAACGGACAGGUCAAGUGUGGAAGUUCAUAGCACUGGAAAUGAUGUUGAUGAUGAACCUCCACGCAAUGCCAUAGGAGCCUCUGCAAGUGGAAGAGAUCCUCAAAUUUCAGACAGAAUAUAUGCUGAUUCUAUGAGAAGAAGCAGUUCUGGCAACUUUGAUUGUAUGCAUGAUGGUGAUGGUCCUGAUGAAUCCUUGACACGGAGCCAGCGUUCUUUACAUGGAAUAGGUCGGUUUGGUGGUCGUUCUUGGAAUCCAGAUGUGAAAAGCAUUGUUGCUAAGUCUACCUCAGAAGAUGAUGGGGAGAGAAUUCUUAUAGGUUCUGGUGAUACUUCACCGCUUAGGGGUCACAAGCCUCGAAUCAUAAACACCUCACGAGGUGGCUGCCAUUUUGUGAGAAGAGGAUUACCUGGUGAGAGGGACAGCAAAUAUGCCAUGGGAAUGGUAAAGGCUAGAGAUAUGAGUCCUGAUUAUAAUCAGAGGAUCAGGUUUGAGAGAUCGAAUGGUAUUAGUAGGGGGGGAUUCAGAGAGGGAUAUUGCAGACCUGGUGUUUAUGAAGGUCCAAAGUCUGAUGGUGAUGGGCCCAUGUUGAAUCGUUUUAGCAGAAGGGAUAGGAGCUUCUCUCCAGUUGGUGAUAGGUUCCGUAGAAAGCCCAGAUCGAGAUCAAGAACUCGCUCACCUGAUUUCAAGUGUGAAGGUAGAAUGAGAAGGGGAAGGUUGCCGUUUCAGCAAGCCAACCACUCUGCUGAGCAUACUAGAGAAAGGAGAUCACCCGCGAGGUUUUUCAAUCAAGGCCAAAGAUUUGAUGUUAAUGAUUCACCUGGAAGACUGAGGUCGGAUGAUUGCGUAAGAUCAAAUAUGCGCACUAUAAGGUUCCAUGAUGCUACUACGUCUGGUAGGGGUCAUGACUUUGAGGAGGGUGAUGACUUCAGGAGGAAACCAUUUUUGCGAAACCAUAGGAGAUCUCGAUCAAGGUCUCGAAGUUGCUCUCCUGAUUUCAGACCUGAUGCUAGAAUGAGCUCAAUGAGGGUCCCAUUCCAACCAUCAGGAGAUCAAAUCAGAGAUCGAAGGUCUCUUGUAAGAGUUUUCCGUCCAGAUCAAAGGUAUGAUGGUAGAGGUUCUCCCGUAAGGCUAAGAUCUGAUGAUUGCCUGAGACCUAUGAGGCGGCCAAUAAGAUUUGUCGACUCAACUCAGCCAGGAAGGGGCCAUGAAUAUAAUAAUAAUAGUAAUAACAGCAGUGAUGAAUACAGGAGGAAGCCUCGGAACAUUUUUGACAGAAUUCAUCCAAUAAGACAUGAUGUUGAGGGAGAUUCUAGACGAUUUCAGUUCGACAAUGACGAGGCUUUGCCUAACCAAAACUUCCGCAGGAAUGACAACUUUGUUAGGGGCGGCGAGAGGAAGAGGCCGGUGGAGUUUAAUAGAGGGCCCAGGCAAGAAAGAGGUAAUAUUAGAUAUAAUUCUGAGAGGAUGUUUCACUCUGGUCCAAAGCAGUUUGGCAGUAUGCGAGAAUAUGGCAGUGAGGACGGUCGUCCGAGGAGAAUAGGACCAUGAAUUCUGGGUCUGCUUGGUGAUUUUGAUUAUCUAGAGGCUCAUACUGAUGGAAAUUUUUUCAUAGCUGCAAGCCUGCAAUAGUUCUUAUUUUUUUUAUAGUUUUGAUUUUUCUGUCCGUUGUGUAUUAGUAAUUGCAGCCUAUUUCUUGGUGCAAUUGAUUAUAGUUAUCUUCAAUCCACAAUGCCCAAGUGCCUAGUGCUGCUAGCUUUGUCUUUGAGAAUCAGUGGGUAGCGGGUAGGUGGUGGAUAUGAGUAAUGGCUGAUUUUCAUUGAUGUCGGCCGAAAUCGUGCCUCCCUUUACUUACUUUUUCUUCUUUCAAAGUUCUUAUAGAAAGAAAUGGUUAUACCUUCA